AGAUGUGUUCGAUAUGGCUUCCUUGGCUGGAUGACAGGACAUGACGCCGCGGGUCUCGAGUCGACGUGCUGAAAUAGGGGACUCACUAGGCCGUGUUGUGAUGGGUAGCAAGGGAAGCGAGUUUAGGCUAGCUGGCUUCUCCUCCUCUCACCCGCUCGUCUGCCCUUCCCCGCAAAUCCCGCAACUUCGACGGCGAUCAUUUGACAGAUAUAGUCCGCGCACGCUCCUGGCGCGCAGUCUUAUCUGCUUCGGAAACGUCUCCCCGUCGCACUCCACCCGUACCUGUGGUGCUCUGGUGCCAUCGCCUGCUGUCCUCGGUCCAGCCGAUCUUGACGUCUCCCCCACGUGAUUCCAGAUCGGCCUUUCGGGCCCGAUUCGCCUCGCAGCGUCGAUUUCACACCUCGUUCCUCGCCUCGUGUUUUCCUCGCCUCGUGUUUUCCUCGCCUCUUGCUCUCGGCGUAACACAGAAUGUGCGAAAUAGAGAUGUCACGGCCCGUCCAAGUGCAGCCCCUUGGUCCGUCGCGGGUGGAAUUCCCUUCGCGGGGGAAUCGCCGUCGCGCCUUCGACGCAGGUUGACCCAUGUGGCGGAGUCUCCUUUCAACGUCGAAUCCGUCGAGUUUCUAACGCAACGCGCGGCGCAAGGCUGCCGAGGCAAGCGCCAUGCAGAGAGAGAGAAAGAGAGCACUCGACUCGAGCGGCGCCUUAGUACGGACAGAUUCCGCGGAGCCGCUCUUUGUUGGGUCUACUGUAUUGUUGCGCGACAUACCAGUACCCCGUUGGUGUCUUGCCAGUCUUGGGUCAGUCACGAGCCCUCGCGUAGUGUGCUCGAGACGAGCUCGCCAGCCGAUCUCUCGAGACGUUCCGUCUAUCUCGCGGAGAGCGCCAACGAGCAGUCACAGAAGGUUCUUCGGCACGCGUCUCCAUUCUGACAGAUUCUCUGACACUCUCUACGAGCUACAUCCGGAGGGCGCUGAGAGGUGCUAUUUGCAAGGGUGUCCUUUCGUGAUUAUAUCCGCGGUGAGGUAGCCUUUACCAGAAUCAAUCACGGCUAUUGCCGCUCCCUCCAGCUACCAGCAUCCCUAGGUUGGUAGACUGGGUGUUAAUCACCCCUCCCGGCGUUGCUGCUGCUGCUUCCGAGAAGUGCUUUUUCUAGUCGCGCGGCCUUGUAGGUUGUGAAGAUACUGAGUAUCACGCGGCCUGCGAAUUUUCCUGUAACGGGUUGUUACAAGCCUGUGGCUGUUAACAUGGGGGAGGCAGCGGACGUCGAGGCGGGAUUCGCGGCGGGUGAAGCGCUAGAGCCCACAGAAGGCUUCACUGUAGUCGACCUUGGAACCAGGAACGGCAGCAACGGCAGCAGCGGCAGCAACGGCAGCAGCGGCAGCAACGACUGCAGCAGCGGCAGCAGCGGCCGCAACAACAGCAGCAGCGGCAGCAGCGGCAGUGAUGGCGGCGUGGUUUCGUCUUUCAACGAGUUCGCUGCUGGCAAGAGCGGCUUCGCGAAGCACGCGCUCGAUCACUCCGCGUACGACCUCACCGUCGUGGACUUGUCCUACAAGGUCGUCAAGAAUGUCGGUAAUAACAAGCAGGAGAUGAUUCUGCUAAACAAGGUCAACGCGAAGGCACGCCAUGGCGAGAUGAUGGCGGUCGUCGGCCCGUCGGGCGCGGGAAAAUCGACGUUUCUCGACGCGAUCGCGGGGCGAAUCAGCCAAUCCUCGCUGGACGGCGAGAUUCUGGUUAACGGCAAGCCGGUAGCGUCCUCGUUCAAGCGCGUGUCUGGCUACGUUAUGCAAGACGACCAGCUUUUCCCGAUGCUGUCCGUUCGCGAAACGCUGAUGUUUUCCGCGCGCCUGCGACUUCCUGCGACGAUGUCGCUCGCCGAUAAAAAGGAACGCGUUUCGGAUCUGAUCGACGAAUUGGGAUUGACGACAUGCGCGAACACAAUUAUUGGGAACGCCGAAGUUCGCGGAGUUUCGGGUGGCGAGCGGCGAAGGGUUUCGAUAGGCGUGGAUUUGAUACACGACCCUGCUGUACUCUUUUUGGACGAACCCACUUCAGGGUUGGAUUCUACAGCUGCGUUAAACGUUAUGCAAAGUUUGCAUGAUAUUGCGACGCACCGGCGCCGCACGAUUAUUCUCACCAUUCACCAGCCGUCCUUCAGGAUUUUGGACCUGAUUCACAAUUUCCUGGUGCUGGCGAAGGGUUCUGCGGUGUACCACGGGUCGUAUCCAGGGAUGCUGAAAUUCUUUGAAGACUUUGGCACAGAGGUGCCUGAACACGUGAACGCCCUGGAGUAUGCGUUGGACAUGAUUGAGGAAGAGCAGCAGAAGGAGAGAGGGCUGGACGAGCUGAUCCGAUUCAGUAGGGCGCGCUACGAGCACGAGAAGUCUCUGGGAACGCACAGCACCCUCGGCGCGCACCACCACACCUCCCCCCCUCCCCGCACCUUUGCAACACCCUUCCUCCACGAAACCCUAACUCUCGCCGACCGCAACUUCAAAAACAUCUUCCGAACCCCGGAGCUCUUCCUCGCCCGCAUCGGUCUCAUGGUGGUAACCGGACUCAUCCUUGGCUCACUCUUUCUCAAGUCCGGCUACGACGCCGAAGGAAUCACCAACCGCGCGUCCUUCUUCGCCUUCGCUCUAGCCCUCCUCCUCUUCACCUCCACCGAAGGCCUCCCGAUUUUCCUCGACGAGAGGCAGAUUUACAUCCGGGAGACGUCGCGCGGCGCGUACCGCACGGCGUCGUAUGUGCUCGCGGGGGCUCUGGUCUUCCUGCCGUUCCUGUUCCUGCUCUCGCUGCUCUUCUCCUGCGUUGCGUACUUCAUGGUGGGGCUUGCUGCGACGGCGACGGCGUUUUUCCGGUUUGUCGCGACGAUGUUUCUGACGCUGGCGGUGGGGAAUUCGUUCGUGGUGUUCUUUGCGGCGUUCGUGCCGAAUUACAUCACCGGGAAUACGGUGGUCACGGCGAUUACCGCGUUCUUUUUCCUCUUUAGUGGCUUCUUCAUUUCCAAGGCCAACAUCCCUCCCUAUUGGAUCUGGAUGAACUACCUCUCUACCUUCAAAUACCCUCUUGAGAUGCUCACUCUUAACGAGUAUGGCUCUCUGCCCUCCGUCUGCUGGGAGUACCUUGUUAAGAGCGACCCCACCUCGCCCUGUGUAGUGAUUUCCGACAGCGUUAUUGCGCGAUUCGAUAUGGCAGAUAGUAGCAGGUUCUGGGAGUCUGCAGUGAUCAUGGUCUCUUUCUUCGUCGGCUAUCGGAUCUUGUUCUAUUUCGCUCUGAGGUACCAGACCUCCCUUGUGCGCCAGUAGGGGGAGUUCUCUUUGAAGGCGCCUAAAAAAAAGAGACUCCUCACCUCAUGCAUGGUCUCUUCUUCAGCUAUCGGAUCUUGUUUUAUUUUCCUCUGAGAUACCAGACCUCCCCUGUGCGGAAGGGGAGGUUUGUGUGUAUAGGUUUUUGUAGUGGAAAGAGUAUAACUACCGGUAGGCUAGAUGGCGGUGCUUUGCAACCUUUUUAGUUCCUAGACGUGUAAAUCUGUAUGCAUGUACAUCUGCGUAUCAGUUGAAAUACCAGUAAAAGUGGAAUUUUAUA